CCAAACGUUAAGGUCAUGUAUGCCAAGGGGAAAGGCACGACCGUUCCUUCUGAUGCCCAGGCGCGUGAAAAGUUAGCACUCUACGUAUACGAAUAUUUACUACACGUGGGAGCUCAAAAAGCUGCGCAAACUUUUUUAUCAGAGAUACGAUGGGAAAAAAAUAUAACAUUAGGCGAACCGCCUGGAUUUUUACAUUCUUGGUGGUGUGUUUUCUGGGAUCUUUAUUGUGCAGCUCCCGAACGGCGUGAUACUUGUGAACACUCUAGUGAAGCCAAAGCUUUUCAUGAUUAUGGAUUUGUCAAUUCGGGAUAUACUGUCAAUGGAAUUGCUGGCCAUAAUCCAACAGCACCAAGUCCACUAAAUCAAAUACCAACAAAUGAAGGAAUGCCCGGUGGACCAAUGCCUCCAGCAGGCUUUUUUACGAAUUCACAUAUGCGACCUUCGCCACCACAACAACCUGUAUCACAGCCGUCCCCACAUUCUCAACCACCACCACCACCACCUCCACAUAGUCAAAUGAUGCAAAAUCAAUUUAUGUCUCCAAGAUAUCCACCCGGUGGUCCAAGAGGACCAGGUGGUGUUCGUAUGCCUCAACAAGUGGAUUUUAAUCCAUCUGGAGGUGUACCCGGACAGCCUUUGAUGCCGAACAAUAUGGAUCCAUCAAGACAAGGUGAAGGUGAUUUUGUUGGUUGGCAACCAGGUCCCGGUGGUAUGAAUUCAAUGAAUCCUCGCCUAAAUCACCCUAGAGGUCAACCAAUGGGUCCAAUGGCACCAGGUGGAUAUGGAGGAAUGAGACCACCACCUAGCUCAAUGGGUCCUGGACCAGGACCAGGUGGACCAAUGCCUCCUGGUAUGGGUAUGCCACCAGGUGGUGGUAGACCAUGGCAACAACCAAAUACAUCUAAUAUGAAUUACUCAUCAGCUUCACCAAGCAAUCAUUAUGCAGGACCUCCUGGUUCUGGUUCUGGUCCUGGACCUGGAACGCCAAUUAUGCCAAGUCCUCAAGGUUCAUCAGGGCCAUAUUCUCCUGCCAGUCAUAGAAUGGGUACACCGAAUCCUGGUGGAAGAGAUUCCACUGGUUCCGGUGGUGAUGGAAUGUAUUCGAUGAUGAAACCAGUUGGACCAGGGCAAUUUUCAAUGGCACCUGGUGGUCCAGAUGGUCCAAUAGGUCCAAUGGGUGGUGAUAUGGUACCACCAGUAAUGAAUGGAAUGUCAAAUCCUGGUGAUGGUAUGGAUGGAAUGAAAAGUUCACCGGCAAAUGGACCGGGAACGCCUAGAGAAGAUAGUGGACCACCAAUCGGUUAUGAUAUAGCAGGAUAUGGACAAGAAAAUGAUCAAAAUGAAUCUGCGGCUAUAUUAAAAAUAAAAGAAACAAUGCAAGAAGAAGCAAAAAGGUUUGAAAAAGAAACACCAACCGAUCAUCAGGAUUUUUUUAUGCAAUGAAAAAAAACAAACAAAAAU